AUGAAUGCUAUUUAAAGAUUUGUAGUGAUGCUAUUUUACAUUAAUGGAUUAGGAUUUUCUCUUUAUUACUAUUCAUUGAAUCAAGAUAAUUACAAUUUAGUUUAUUUGAUUCUACAAUCUAUUCUUGGUUUGGUACUGCUAUUAAUGUAAACCAAAAAUAGAAGAAUCUAAUAUAUAGGAAAUAUAAUAGUAAUACAGUUUAGUCUUUUUUGGUAAGUUAUAACAAAUUAAAGGAAUAUAUCAUACAAUAGUGAAGCGUAGGUUAUAAUAGCUCAUUUUUUAACAACUUAGUUAUUUCAGGAUUUUAAAAAAUUUUAGGAGUAAUAAAUUUAACUAAAGUAUAGACUUGUUUUGUUUUUACUAUUGCUAUAGUCUACUUUUUUUUAAAUUUUUUACAUAUCUCAAACUUCUUAAAUUGAUUCAUAAUACUUUUAAGGUAUUAUAUGUUUGUUAUUAUCAUUUGUAAUCAAUUAUACAAUAUGUAUGGGAAAGCAAUAAAAAAUGCAAAGUAAAUCAAGCGACUCAUAAUAACAUAUAAAUUCUUCUUAAAUGAUAAAAAGAAAGGAGAGAAUGUUGUCUUUGGCUGAAUCAGAGAAGAUGUCACCAAAAAGUAAUUAAUCUCCACGUCUUAGAUUAAUACCUGAAGAAUAUCUAAAUGAUUAGUUCAUUAAUUAAGAUAUUUUAGAAUUAAAAAUGCAUUUUUCUCAUGAAGGUUUAAUUGGAUUUUAAAUUAAAUAAAAUAAUUAAGAGAUGGAAAUCAUUUAUUCAAAUACAGCAUCAAAAGAAUUAUUAUGCGUAAAUUCUUCAAAAGAAAUAGUAGAUAUUUUAAAUUGUUUCUCUAAUUUAAGUUAUAUUUAUUUUCAAAAUCAUGAAGAAUAUUAACUUCAUAUGAAAAAUUCAAAACAAAUAUGUAGUAAAAGUAUGGCUUUUUUAAAAAGUGAUUAAAUAAAUCAAUCAUCUCAUCCUAAUUUAUUAUUUUUAUUUGAAACACAUUCUGAUAAAAAUUAAGUCUCUCAUUUUAAAGAUUUUUUUGGAAAAUUUUAAACUAAUUCUUUUAAUGAAUCUUUUAUUAUACAUGUAUUAUUUCCUAAUAAUUGUAUUACAAUGUCUUCAAGUGAAAAGUAAAUUGAAAAAAUGUUAGAAUUAACAUUAAUAAAAAGAAAUUAGAAUUUAUAUUUUAUUUUGAUUACAGAUAUAACACAUAAAUAGAAAAUUAGAUGUUUGAAGGAAUAUGAUGUUUAAAAAUCUAAAAUGUUAUCUUAUGUUAGUCAUGAAUAUAGAUCACCUUUAAAUUGUAUUAUUUAAAUGAUAGAAGAUGCUCUUAAUUCAAAUUAAUUAUCAAAUGAUUUAAAUGAAAUAUUAUAAGCUGCCUUAGAUAAUUCAAAUUAUAUAUUGAAUCUAUCUAAUGAUUUAUUGGAUUUGGCUUAAAUUAAAAAUGGAAAGUUUGCAAUAUAAAGAUCAAAUUUUAAUUUAAUCUAAUUAAUAAAGGAAGUUUUAAAACUUUUUGAAUUAAAAGCUAAAAUAACAAAUAUUAAUUUAUCUUAUUAAUAUGAUAAUACUGCUUCUUCUAUUAUAAUUUCUGAUAGAAAUAGAAUUAAGCAAAUUUUAGUUAAUUUGAUAAGCAAUAGCUUUAAAUUUGCUUCAACCAAAAUUAUUGUUUAAAUAAGAUGUAUAGAUGUGAAUUUAUUAAGAAUUGGAGUUUAAGAUGAUGGUAUUGGAAUUUCUGAAUAAGAAUAAAAAAAAUUAUUUAAAUCAUUUUCUAAAAUAAAUUCAGAAGAAAGUAGGAAACGUAAUGAAUAAGGUGUAGGACUUGGUUUAGUAAUAAGCAAUUAAAUAUCAAUAUCUAUAGGUUGUGAAGGUUUAUAGAUAGAUUCUAAACCUAAUUAAGGUACUUAUUUUUAUUUCGAUUUACAUAUUUAAACACCAAAAUUAAAAAAAGUUUCAAGUUUUAGAAUUAAAGAAAUCUCUGGAAUAUCUUAAGAAGUUGAUGAAGGACAGGCUUUUCAUGAUGAUACAGAAAAAAUACAGAUUGAUUUAGAACCACCACUUAAAUGUUAGCAUUUAUUAGUAGUUGAUGAUGAAGCCUUUAAUAUUUAUACUUUUACAAAAAUCUUAAAUAAAAAGUAAUAUUAUAUUUCUAAUUAGAAAUAUUAUUGAUAUAGACUCUGCUUCGAAUGGAAAUGAAUGUAUCGAAAAGGUUAAAAACAAAAAGUGUUCUACUUUAUGUACUGGAUAUAAACUUAUUUUUAUGGAUCUCGAGAUGCCAAUUCUAAAUGGUUUAAAUGCUGCUUAAUAAAUACUUAAAUUUAAUCCUAACCAAGUUAUUAUUCCAUGUUCUGGUUAUUCAGAUAAUUAUGAAAAAGAGAACUGUUUAAAAACUGGAAUGAUUCAUUAUUUAGUCAAACCUAUUAGAGAACAUGAAAUCACUUAUGUCCUUAAAACCUAUUAUUUUUGA